AUGCUGGAUUUGUCGAGAUUGUCCGCACGUGGCAACUUGUGGCACGAACACUACGCCAACGCCACCGGUAAUGAAAUCCGCCACCAGUUCUUCCUGUGUAAUCUUAGGCAAUUUGUCGACGGCUUCAAUGAGGACGACGUGAUCAGCCAUGCUGUCCUUCGUGACCUUAGUAUCAAGGAAACCCUCGUAGACAUUGUAUGUCUUCCUAUGGACCUCGCUGAAGGUCGCAUCGGGUUGCUGGAUAUUUCAAUCAAACCAAAUGUCACUGAGGAAGGAAGGAUACUGGUUACAAUGACCCAUGUUCACCUGCUCCUCAGACCAUUACCGCCGCCGUGGAAUAUUGCAAGGGAAUAUGAGCUGAGAACCCACUCAGCCAAACUACUGCGCCUUCAACUUUCCGAGCUAUUCGACGCUAUUCUACUUCAAGGGGAUAUAUCGCGUUCGUUCUUUGACUUUGCUCGGCGUGUCAGGUUUGCAUUGAACGAUGUCCAUGUUCGGCACGAAGGAACUGGGAGCUGUACGAUGGGGGUUGCCGUCGAUAGCCUCGUGUAUGAUGACGUGGAGGACUCGGAGGGGCUGUCUCAACUUAUGACAGCGGUUACCAAAACGAUCCAUCUCACGAAUGUCUGCAUAUAUGCGCGCGAUCCAGAGAAUCCAGUUACACUUCCACGGUGGUCAAACAAAUCCAACGAACCAUUCUCCAUGCCGCCGUCACCCUCCGAUUCAUUACUGCUGGAACCAUUCUCAGCAUUGAUUACAUGCAAUUUGAGUAGUAUCGCCUCGGGUCCACUAUUAGAUCUCCAGUUCUGCCUCCCUAAGAUCAAAGCAACACUCACCGACGCACAGUACAAAUGCAUACAUGAUUCCGUACAGGAUAUACAGGCUUGGAAGUGUCAGUGGAAGUUCAGGCCAUUUCGACCCCCUCCUGAGGUAUUUGUGAAUAAUCUUGCUAAAGCCCGACUGAGAUACGCGUUCGACGCGACCUUGCACGCCAUACGGGAACGGCGUAGAACCCGGUCAUGGAGCCAUUUAAAGCAGCGGCGGGACAAUCGCCGAUUAUACAUAGACUUAUUUCUUCGACACCGUAAUGCACCGCUGCCCCAACAAGAAGAACAACAAUUACAAGCACUGGAGAGGAAGCUUCCCUUGUCAGAUCUGAGGUUAUAUCGCCUCGUCGCGCGACGCUCAACGAGGGCAUUCACCCACCUGGUGUCUCUAGAUAGUUCUCUGGACAGCACAUCUGGGAGACUUCACGAGUCAAAGAACAACCAAGGGUUCUCUUCGCCUGCUCUUGCCGGCGGUACCGAGCUAGUACGCCUGGACGUUCAAAUUCCCCAAGGUUCUAUCUCGUUACAAGUGAUAUCUACCUCUGGUAGGCGAGAAAUCCUCCGAGUCGCCUUCGGGGCUCUGAGCAUUACCCUGAAUCAAACGCUGCACGGCCGGUUCACAACAACUGGGUCCCUCAGGAACCUUUCAGCACAUACCAACCUUCAGGCUCUCGUCUUUGUCAAGGAGCCCGUGGAUGGCGGGGAGAGCUGUGGCGAACCGUUCUUGAAAUGGGCAUAUGACACAGAGAGUGGAAGAAUGAAGCUUCGGGUGAUGCAUACGGAGGUGAUAUAUGACAAAGAACUUGUGGAUGCGAUGCUGAGAUUUUUCCAAAUUCCACCGGAACAAUUGCAAUCAGUCGAAGCAUUCUUGACGUUGGCUAUGCAGGCCAUCGAGGCUAACGAACAGUGA